AUGUCGGUUCAAUACCGAGGCUGGAAGGAAACGGAGUUUGACAAACUGGCUUUCUCUACUAAAGACUCCGUCAAACGCGCCAUAAACACUCUCCAGCUGAAUAAGAAUCUGGCGCAACUUGGGCUUCCGGAUGAUGUUAGCCCUGAGCAUGUAUUCAGGAGUUCUUUUGGGUAUCUAAAUACGAUAGAGGUGCUCUUUCCCACUUGCGAUGGUAGAGGGGCUAGUGAUCAUUCAUUUCGCAUGCUCAACAAUCGUCUACUGGUAGAUGCGUCCGAGCUGGAAGACAUGCAAAUCAACACACUAUUCAUUUACUUUCUUCCAGAUAAUCGCACAAAGCUGGAUUGGGAAACCCCCGCAAACUUCGUCUUCAAAAGGCCCUACGGAGGCUGGAAGCCACCACUUCGUCGAGCUGGCUCUCCUCACACGCGUGCACGAUCGCCACCUCGUGGGCCGGCGCGAGCUGGAUCGAGCUGGCGCCCUCGAUUCCGGUCCCAAUCAUCAUCGUCGUCCACGCGGGACUCUCCUUAUGGCAGUUACACACCCCUUACCUCUGCACGGGCUUCAUCGACAAUUGCUUCGUCACGGCAGCCCUCUGCUGAACCUGUACAAAGGGUGACUGUCGAGGAAAUCUUGAGGCCCUCCCGAACAUCCCCAUGUCCUCUACCGACUGACGAGACGCCAGAAGUAAGAUCUGAGCCUAUGACGAGAUUGGUAUCCAGUCCAUCUUCUGUUCAUCACUCACUCAAGUCGCCUUCAACAUCGACUAUACCCCUCGGUGACGCCUCACAAACGAGUUCCCAUGUGUCGCCGCCUGUAGGUUCGCGGAAAGAAGACGCCGACCUACAUCGGGACGAACGUGCAUCUCUUCGCGCUCAACUAGAAGCAAACGAAGCUGAGAGAGAGCUUCAGCGUAAGCAAAUACGCCAGUUGCAACAGGAGCUAGCGAUAGAACGGGAAGCCCGAAGAGACGCCGAAGCACGGUUGGAGAAGGAACGAGCUCGAUUAGAGGAAGAACGCCAAAGGAUCCGGGAUAUCCAGAUGGAGUGUCGAGAGCCCCUUCCCGGCAGCAGCAUGGGCAAGAAACCCGGUCCCUCGUACCAGCCCGAAACGGGCGUCAGUUUCAACAUCAUCAUGUCUAUACAGUACCGUGGCUGGAAGGAACGACGGUUCUCAAACUCGCUGUUCUCCAGUGACGCGGGCGUCGAGAGGGCUAUGGAAGUGCUGGAGUUGCGAAGAGACCUCGCUUGCCUAGAUCUUCCUGACGAUGUCAAUCCAAGAAUGGUGUUCAGGUCGUCCUAUGGCUACGCAAACACGAUAGAGAUCCUGUUUACCGGGUGCGAAGGCAAAGGUAUCGUUGAACGCAAGUUUCGCUCGCUAAAUCAACGACUCCAGGAGGAUCCUAUUGGACUUGAAUCCAUGCAGAUACGCACACUAUACGUGUACUUCCUCCCCAAACAGACCACAAGACUGCACGAAACUUCGGCUUCGACCUUUGUCUUCCGAAGGCCGCUGUCUGGCUGGACAGACCAUCCUACGCCGAGACGACGCUCUCCCGGUAGACGUGCGCGAACACCACCUCGAGCCCGCCUACCCGCGCGCCGGGCUUCGUCCGCGUCACCGCUACACAGUAGUGGCGAGCCUUCGAAACUGGACAGCAUGGUUCUUCAGCGUACGACCACAUCUCCAUCUCAUGCAUCCCUGGUCAUGGGCGAAAUGGUCAACACGAUUGGUAGAGCUGAGAGGUCUUCGGCAGUAUCAGGUCCUUCAUUGCCCGAUGGAGAUCAGACUCGGAUUGUGAGAGAGACUGGGGCGGAUAGAGACGCUCCGGUUUUGAUGAAGCCAGAAAUACCAGUCGUGAAGGGGCUGCAGGAGGAUGAAGCUGCAUCACUUCGUGCAAAGAUCGAGCAAUCCGAAGCCCUGCGACAGAUACAGAGCCGGCAGAUACACGAGUUGGAGGAAGAGCUGACGCUUGAACGCGAGGGACGGCGACACAUCGAGACACGGUUGGAAGAGGAGCGCGUAAGGGUGGAGAGGGAGUGUACUAAGCUGCAGGAGCUCCGUCGGGAGGGUUGGGACCCGUACUUUGGUCCCGCUCUCCUGGAUGCUUUCCAGGUGGUCUCUGAUAUGGCCCGAGAAGUAGUAUAG